GGGGCGGAGCCGCGCCAUGGCCGCCGGGCGCCUCCCGCCGGGCGCGCUCACCCUCAGGCAGUUCCUGAGGCGGCAGCAGGUCCUUCAGCUGUACCGCAAGAUCCUGCGGGCUAUCCGGGAGGUCCCUGCUGAGCAGGAUCGCCGCUACUUAAAGGACUGGGCCAGGGAGGAAUUCAAGAGAAAUAAGGAUGCUACAGAAGAGGAUGCAAUCAGGAUGAUGAUUACUCAAGGCAACAUGCAACUUCAGGAACUUCAGAGAACACUUAGGCUGGCGAAAUCCUGAUCUUCAUUUUGUUGACAGUUGGAUUUUUAUUUAUUACAAAUAGGCAUUUUUCCAGAAUGUAGUUAUAAUGGCAGCCUUUGCUGGCAACCUGUAAUGUUUGAAGGAGGAAUCUACCACAGUGAGGGUUUUGUUUUUCCCCUUCCCCAUCCAUUUCUCAGUUUGGCUGGCCUCAGAAGUGGAAAUCACUUGGACACAAAGGACAUUAAAGAACUGCAUGGGUGAUGUAGUAUGUGCUGCAGGAAAAACAGAAAGUACCAAAAAUUACAACAGCUGUGUUAAUGUCAGUGCAAUGGAAAAUAAAUAUAUGCCUGAUUAUUUUGUCCACUA